AUGUUCUUUCGUGAGAAGAAGGCUGCUUGCGAUGGAAAACUGGUCUGGUUCCAAUGUCUGCGCCAUGGCAUAAAGUGUGAAUACAGGACAGUAUCGCAAACCAUUCUGAACGCCAUCCCCGCUGGAAGUCAGAUCGUGGACAAGGCUAAGGCUGCAGAAAAUGCAGAUGCUGCAGUCUUGCUCGGCACUUUGAAACACCUUCCCAAGGAGAAUGCUUUACAAGCCCUUCACAUUUUCGACUCGAACGAUGAUUACUUUUGCCUCUCACUUCCUGGUGAACGAAGGAGAAAACAGCACAUUGACGUCUCACACUUUAUCGUGCCGCCAAAGCCGCCCGAGCUGUGCGACGACAAGCUCCUCUCUCUAGACAUUACCCGAUGGAUAAACCAAGGAUAUACAGUUUUUGAGCCACAGUCCACAAUUAUAGGCUACGCCUUUUACAAGGAGGCCAAGAAACUGUGGCAGCGCGGUAAGACUGCUAAAACAGACAAUAUCUGCAAUGUUUCUGCGGUUUAUUAUCUGGCCAUUACCGCAAUUUCCCGUGGGGCAGGUAUAGAAUACGUGGAAUACCUUAACGAUGCUCUAGAGAUGGCUAAACGGCUUGGCUUUUUUAACGUCAAUUCUUCUGAGGCACCUGACCUCGAGUGUUACGGAGGACCGGAUGCUCAACGAGUUACCGCACAAACUGCCUGGGCCCUCUUCAACUGCUCAACGCUUUUAUCAAUGCAUCUACACAAACGCUUGAUCGUGCAUCCGCCAUGCUAUCCGAUACCAGACAGGACUUUCUCCAUGCCACUUCGGGUAUCCUUGUCCGAUGAUGACGAGCGCCAGGGGGACAUAAAUGCUUUCUUCAAAGAGAAUUGUGGUCUCUUCCUCAUAGCCCACGACAUGAUUCGAGUUACAUAUGGACAACGCCAACUCCCCUACGCUGGGGUUGUGUCACUGGUAUUUGCCGAAGAGACAUAUGGACGACUUUUAUUAUGGGCAGAUAGUUCACCACUGGAAACGGCUCAAGAUAGCCAGCGUACACACCAUCAAUCGCCUUGCACAUCUAUCACCAUCUCGUCGUCCUCGAUCUGUUCCGUCCUCUCAUUCGGCAAAAUAGCGUCUCUACACUGCAACUUCGGUCUUUUGCUUGUAAAGAAGCAACACCUGAAGCUGUUUAACGUUCUUGGACACAGCUCAGAGUGGAACUUCUACUUCCGCCUCUGCAUAGCGAGCUAUCAGACGCUCUAUUGUAGCUUCCAAUAG